AGUGCGAGUGAGGCAAGGCAAGGCAAGGGAAGGGAAGGGAAGGGGGCAGGGAAGGGCCAAGGCGAGGGCAGGAGGGAGGCAGCGAGGCAGCGAGGGCAGCGCGUAAGAGAAAGAGGGCCCGGGGGCAAGACAGUGACUAGAGGAGGCGAGGGUUCACAUCUUCGUAAUUUUACAGUUCCAUUUCGCGUGCUGGGGAUCUUCGGACGAAGGGAAGACACACCGAAGCAAGCAAGGAAGGACAGGGAAGGCACGCACUCGAGGGAGAAAGACACCGAGAGAGAGAGAGAGAGAGAGAGAGGGAGACAGUGACAGAGAGAGAGAGAGAGAGAGCGAGUUCACUUCACUCCCUAGGCCCAGUCCAGACCACUCCACUCGACUCCAGAGUUUCGAAGUUGGCUUCAGAGUUUCGACGCAGCAGAGGCAGCCAGCAGGCGCAGCAGCAGCAGCCAGCCACCACCGGACCACAGACUAGCAGCAUGGCUCUCGGAUCGGAGGCGCUGAAUCCGAAGGCCUACCCGCUGGCCGACGCUCAGCUCACAAUAACUAUCAUGGACAUUGUUCAGCAGGCGGCCAACUACAAGCAGCUCAAAAAGGGCGCUAACGAAGCCACCAAGACCCUGAACAGGGGUAUUGCCGAGUUCGUGGUGAUGGCUGCAGACACGGAACCUCUGGAAAUACUGCUGCACUUGCCACUGCUGGCGGAGGACAAGAACGUGCCUUACGUCUUCGUCCCCUCGAAGCAAGCUCUAGGCCGUGCAUGUGGCGUCUCCCGGCCCGUGAUUGCCUGCUCUGUCACCUCGAACGAGGGAAGCCAAUUGAAGUCUCAAAUACAACAACUGAAGGACGCAAUCGAGAAGCUACUGAUUUGAGCGACUGUCCCAGGGGACAAAGUAUGUGCUGUACGGUGUUGCAGUGGUGAAAGGUGCUCGGCAGCCAGCCUGCUGACUGCCGCUUUAUCAUGGAACCUGAGGCUGCAGCACAUCUCGAAUAUGCCGGCUGUAACUUUAUCUACCUAAAGCAAUAGAAGUUCAGGCACUAAUGAGACGGUCAUUACGGCGAAGAUGGUAGCCUUCUAGAAAGUCGUUUUUGUCCGACUUAAUUGAAUCAUGGCCGUCGAGGUGGGUUUUUUGGUCAAGGUGUGGACAUUGCCCUAUUUUAUGGGAAGGAUUUAUCUACGACUUCUGGGGAAUGAAGUUUUUUGUUCGCGGGCCCGCGUUUGUGCCGCCGAGGUGAACGCCUCGGAGUCGAUGCGUCACGAGCGUAGCGUAGAGGAGGAAUGCUGGUGACGCAUGGACCAAAGAGAAGAUCCAGACGUCGAAGUAAAACUUCUGGAUAUUAUUGUCACCUGUCGCGAAAUCAUGAAUGAAAAAUCUUCUG